AUGCGUGACGGAGACAUAUUCUACGGCAACGAUGACCACACAGAAAUGAAUGAUUGCAUGUAUAAGGAGGAUGUGAUUGAGUCGAUGAGCAGAGAACGCGAAUUCAAAGACCUCAAGCGCAAGCGCAGACACACAAGCCGCUGCAACUCCUUCUUCCUCUCAUGCUUAGAGUUCUUCACACUUCUCCGUGAGGAGCGCGAAGAUUUGCAGAUUCAUUGUUUGCAAAUUCGUGUUUCGAUGUCAGAGACAUGGAGGAAGAAGAAUAAGCUAGGCCAGUACGCAGAGUAUAAAGAAUAUUUUGGAGACGUAUUGUAUGGCAACGAUGACGACGCAGGAAUGGACGAUUAUGAUUAUGUGUUCACGGAGGAUGUGAUUGUGUUGAUGAGAAGAGAAAGAGAAUACAAAGAACUCAGGCGCAGAGAAAAAUGGCGUAGCACCUCCUACUUCGGUCAAUGCUUUCACUUCUUCUCGCUUCUCCGUGCUUUCUUCAAGUUCUGA